AAUAAUUUUGUAAAAGGAAGAGGUUGCAUAUCCCCAUGUAGUUAAAAGGAAGAGGAGAGCCCAGACUUGCAUUUAUUGGUCAAGUGGAAAGAAAGUGACUUUGUAGUUACAAAGGGAGAACAUGUGUUGUGUAUCUCUUUACCCUGCUACAAGUAAAGUGACUUUUUUAGUUACUAGUAAAAAUUUUCAUAUCAUAAUUCAAAUUCAAAACAUCUUUUGUAAAUAUUUUGCAUCUAAGAAGUGAAAGAUAUGAUUAGGUAGGUAGCUUAGAUAGUCAUAAUAAUAAUAGCCUUUCAUUUCAUCAAUAUCACAUCACUCACACUCCCACCUACAUCUCUCUCUCUCUCUAUCAAAAUAAAUUCUUUUAAUAAAAUAGAGUAAUGUGUUCUUCUUGAUCUCUUUCCCCUAAUGGCUGCAGAAGAAGGAUUUGAAGCAUAUCAUGUCCCACAACAAAGCAGAAGAGAUAAGCUUAGAGGUGAUCCUAAUUAUUUUUACAACAACAACAAUCCAUCAUUUCUCCUUAAUCCUUGUGAUAAUAAAACCAUGGAUCCACAAAUUAUAUCUUCCUCUUUUCAACAAAUUAAUAAUAACCCUUUCCUCUACAACACUAAUCAAAAUCAUGAUAUGAAUGUAAACUCGAAUAAUAUAACUCCAGGUCAAGGUUUAUCUUUAUCUCUAUCAUCUAAUAAUCAUCAUCAUACUACUGUUCCGCUGGAGCUGAGAUCAUUAUUUACAACAACAACAACAGUCGAUUGUUGUAGUAAUAAUGAGUUUUUGUCAUCCAAGAGUGGUGGCAGUACUAUUGUUGGACCUUUUACUUCAAUUCUCAAGGGAUCAAGAUUCUUAAAACCUGCACAACAGUUGAUGCAAGAUAUUUCUGGGAUUUAUGCUCACAAAUUAUUACAAGAUCAUCAUCAUUCUCUUGGAACUAUGGAUGAUGUAUCUAAUCAUGAGCACAUGAGGAACAAUUCCAAGUUCAUUUCAAUGCUUGAUGAGGUCUAUAGAAGGUAUAAGGAAUAUUAUGAACAGCUACAAGGAGUAGUGUCAUCGUUUGAAUCAGUUGCUGGAGUUGGAAAUGCAAACCUAUCUUUAAAAGCAUUGUGUAAACACUUUAGGUGCCUAAUAAAAUCGAUUUGUGACCAAAUGAAGUCUAGUGAAAUAAAUUGUGAUGGCAACGUCUGUAAUAAUUUGGAAAGAGGAGGAUAUGUUUGGAGACCACAAAGAGGGCUACCGGAGCGCGCUGUAACUCUUCUUAGGGCUUGGUUGUUUGACCAUUUCUUGCACCCUUAUCCCACAGAUUCUGACAAAAUAAUGUUGGCAAAACAGACUGGUCUGUCAAGGAAUCAGGUUUCUAAUUGGUUCAUCAAUGCAAGAGUUAGGGUAUGGAAGCCUAUGGUUGAAGAGAUACACAUGCUUGAAAAUAACAAAUCUUCUUCACAAGCCCAAAACAACAAUAAUCCAGAAAUGAAUUUAUCAUCAUCAGGUGGGGUGUCAUUAACAUUGGGACUAAAUCAUCAAAACAAGAACAACGCUUUAUCUUUCCCAAGAAAUGCUGCACGACGUUUUGGUAUCGAUCCAAAUAAUAUUAUUGCAUGAUUUUGUUGGUUGAGUUUUUAUGCAUUUAAUUAAUUUCUAUAUAUAUGCAUAUUUUGCAACAUCAUAAUAUCUUUAAUCUAUAUAGUUUUGUAUUUAUUCAAUUGUUUCAAGCCAGUAAAAGUAGUCCACUAGGUUUAGAGCGUUCCAUCAAAAAUGCUCAAGAUUGUGCAGGGAUGGGCAAGUUGUCAUUAAACAGGUCCAUCAACACUUUGGAUGUUGAAGUCCUUGCAAUAGCUAGGAGUAGAAACUCAUUCCUUCACAAAUCAAUUAAGAGGGUAUAGUACAAGUGUGAGUUUUAUACCGGAGAAGAGUUUCGUACCUUAACUAUGACUUAUUAGUUUCAGAUCCAUACCUUAACCGUGUGUAAUACACUUUAGCUUUAUAUACUUUUUCUUAUUCUUAGUUUAUAACUUUA